GUGGUUGUGGAUUCUAUUGGUAUAAUCUCUUCUCCACAAAUCCACCCACCCUCUUUCUUUGACAUCUCUUCCUCCUCUCUCUCUCCCCUUAAUUCUUGUUGUUGCUUGCUGCUGCUCUUCUCUAAUCCCACUGAUUGUGCAAAAAAGACGGGUCCCGCCGCCCAGCGGCCCCUAGCCUGGGCCCACAGGGAUCCAACGAGUGAAGGAAAGGAGGUGUUGAGUGAUGUCACACUCUGAUUUUUAUAGUCCAUUCCUUAGCCAAAAGGACCAGGGAAGCUCUCAAAGUCACAGAGGUCACAAGUCAAUCUUUACAAUUGGUUGAAUGCUAAUCUUCAUCUGUGGUCUAGGGUUCUUGUUCAAUUGAAUCUUAUCAUAAAAUAAUGCAAGAGAAAAGUGUUCAGUACGGAGACAGAGCAGAAGAAGACUGAGGAGCCAAUGGGAUGAACGUACCGUGUGUUAGCUUUGCAUGGGGAGUAUAAAGGAAACAAGAGGUAUGAGGUUUCUUUUGGGGGAUAAAAAAUAGGUAGAAGAAGAAUCAGGAGAAGAAGAACUAGCUCUCGAAAAGCCCAAAGAGUGUGGGUCAAAGAAGGGAGGGAGUUAAUUGCACUGUGGGUGGGAUCGAGUGCCACCGUGGCUGAGAGUACCAAUGGCAUUCUCGAGGAAACUAAGGUCGGACUGAAGGAAGGUAAGAGGCCUUGGAAACAGGAGCAGCUCAAUAUGCUGCUUUAUUUAUUUAUUAGCAACAUCGGCCCUUUUGUUUUUAUGUGAUUUCUCUCUUCAUGGGAAGCAAUUGAGAGCCAGCUUCUUAGAGCAUCCACAAGGAGCUCCCACUGUGACGUGUCUUGGGGGAGAAACCUUUCACUCAUAGUGGAAGGGAGGUUUUUUACUUUACACGACGAAACGGUCCAUAGUUAUGGAGCCGCUUCGUUGUGCUUUUUAAUUUUUUUUAUAUUAUUUUUUUUAAUAAUUAUAAAAAUAAUAAAAAGACAACAACGGCUGUGGCGCAGACGUUGUAUGCCGUUGAACAACAAUUAAUUUUUAGCCAUUGUUCAACGUUUUAAUUUAAUUUUUUAUUAUAAAAUAUAUAUAUAAAUAUGGGAUCAAUUUCAUUCAUUCCAUUGCAAACUUUACUCUCAACUCAUUUCUUCCUUUCAUUCCCUAUUUGUAUUCGAGAUGGAUGAAAAUCUCAAUACUUUCUUUACGAAUCUUUUGAAUUCUUCAAAUACGGAAGGAAAUUCAUCUUCUCAAAAUACCCGCAUUCCUCCAAAUAUCCAAUAUCCUCAUAUUUUCUCUCACGCACAAUAUCCUCCAAAUGUUCAAAAUAUUUCAUAUGUUCCACAAUAUUCUCCAAAAUUUCCAAAUUCCCAAAGUUCUCAAAAUUUUUUGCAGACGUGGAAUCCAAGUAACGCCGCUCCAGCUCCAUUUGGUAUGUAUCCAUCCCAAGAUUUGUCAACAAUGGGUAGCCAACUUGGGAUGCCUUAUCCUUACGUAUUUUCUCUUACUCAACCACCUGUCAUACAUUCGAAUGAAUCAAGAAGGGCAACUAUUGAUCCAUCUAUCAGCGACAAAGAAUCUCUAACACCAUCAUCUGUUCCACCACACUCAUCACAAGAGGAGCGUGAAGUUGAGCUGGAGGAAAAUGAAUCGAAACGAAGAAUUUGGUCUCUCGAUGAAGAUGUGGUCCUUGCGAAGUCAUGGGCAACUAUAAACACUGAUGCAAUCAUUGGUAAUGGCCAGAAGGAUCAAGCUUUUUGGAAACGUAUAGCUGAUUACUACAACAAACAUCGCCCCACUGGAUCUAUGACGAGAAGUUAUCAGCGGCUGAAAUCACAUUAUUAUAGGUUUGCACCGAUGGUAAAUGAAUUUUUUGCAACUUAUAAUAAUUUUUAUACUCAUCGGCAAAGCGCUUGGAGUGACGAGAAUGUGUUGGAGAAUGCAUUGAAUAUGUGGAAAGCCAACAACAAAGGCAAGGAUUUUAAGUAUAUGCAUGUGUGGAGGGUUCUCAAAGAAUAUGAAAAAUAUACUCCACAAUCAGUUGCUCAUUACUCUAACAAGAAGGCAAGGACAUCCGAAUCAGGGGAAAACACUUCAACAUCAAAUCCAGAUACAAGUGUUGAUUUAGAUGACUCUGAAGUCCGCAUUCGCCCUAUAGGGCAAAAGGAAGUGAAGAGAAAGGGCAAAUCUAAAGUCAGAGAGGGCAACACAAUGAAACAUAGCAUCGACAAAGAAUGACAAGAUAUUAAAGAAUAUCAAAUCCAAAAAAUGACUUUGCGGGAAGCCGAGAUCUUUCAUAAGGAUUAUGAAAUUCUUAUGAAGGAUACCAGUGAGAUAACACCAGGACAACUUUAUUUAUAUGAGAAAAUGGUGGAAAAAAUUAAACAGAGACAUGGCUUGGUGUAGAUGAGUUUACGUUUAUUUUUAGGGCUAUUAUUAUAAUUUAUGUUUUUUUUAUUUGAUGCACUGUAAUAUUUAUAUAUUUUUUUUAAUUAUUAAUGUUGUUUCAGGUUAACAAUUUAUAAAUUUAAAUUUUAUAAAAAUUUAAUGGUGUAUAAUGUAAAAUAUGAAGGAGAAAUGAGAAUUAUAUAUAAUGAAAAGUGUGGGAUCCAUGAUGGUGUUGUUGAAAGGUUUUUUUUGAUAGUGGAAGGAGGUAUGAGGCUUUUAACUUUUGAUGUGGCACAGACGUGACAACGAAGGAGCUCUCAGCAGGGUCUAUCCACUGUGGAUGCUCUUACGACUUUACAAUAAAAAAGCUUGGCCCUGAAUCAAAUUUUGCUUUGGCAGAUAGUGUCAGUUAAUUCAUUUUAAAAUUUGAUAAGACCUUUGGGUGUCAGUCUCGUGGGUGUGUCACUUCUGAAUAUGAAAGAACCUUGUGGAUUGAUCGAAGUAUUCAACUUCAGGCUUUGUGUUCAAAACGAUAGACGACAACAAGAUAUUAGAAGAUAUGGAUUUGGCAUACUGAUCUCUGGUACCAGCUUGCUGCACACGAGAUAUUAAACUAUAUGUGUGACAUCAACUAUUGAGAGGUAAAAGAAAGCAUGCCAAGAUACCACCAACAAUGCCCAAUGGGUUUGUUUCAGAAGCGAAUGCUCAGUACUACCAGCAAGAAGCAUCGAAACUACGACAACAAAUCAACGGCAUACAAAGUUCAAACAGGAACCUGAUGGGCUAAUCCCUCCACUCCAUGAACCUAAGGGAUCUUAAACAGCUUGAAAGUAGAUUGGAGAAAGGUAGCAGCAAAAUAAGAAAUAAAAAGAAUGAACUGUUGUUUGCUGAAAUCGAGUACAUGGAGACAAGGAUUGUCGAGCCUGAUAGGCUGCACCAACAGAUGACUCAGUAACUUUAUGCAAUGCAAGAGGCGCAGCCAAACCAACAUUAUAUAUACUCAACAACAACAAAGAACAUCUCUUCAACUCCGGUAAAGAAUAAUGCUAAUUUUUCAAGUAAAACAUCAUCAAUUUUAUUUUUUUUGCCUUUCUUGUAGAUGAGAUCUAAACAUGGAGCCAGAUCUAAACAUGGAGCUUGGGUACUCAGAGGAUGAAUCCUUGUUCAGAUGUUAAUUACUAAGGAAUAAGGAUAAGCAUUCCCCACUUUGUG